AUGCUUUAUAUUUGUCGGGCUGAAGACGGAGAGGUAUUCCAGGUUGAAGCGUCAUUUCAGGACAUCGAGAGGAGUGAUAGCUUGGAACAGUUCAUUCAACAUGAGACAGGCAUUGACCAGGAGGCGGCCCUAGCAUAUCUCUCGGACGGUCGCCGGUUGACGAAUGAGAAUAUACGGGAUUUAGCUGGAGCUCAAGAUGAUACGAUAUUUGUAUUCAAUAAAUACUAUUUGGAUUAUGCCAUGCACGAAGUACUCCGCGAGUUACGCGUUCAGCCUCGUUUGCAACCACCUAUAGAAGAUACCAUCUCAUCAACACCUCCCUUCCGCCCCCAUCAGCUCGCCGCAGCUUACCUCCACACCGCAAACGCACACUACAACUUCGUGGAGCGCACAGCGGGUUCAGUACGGCAGCAGAGUGCCGCGCUCAAAAUCGCAUCUCAUAGCCUGGACCUCAAUAUUCUUGCACUCCAAGAUGCAUUCGAUCCAUUCGCUCAGAAUGCGCGGCAGACGCUUGACAACCAGAGUCAACUUCUCGCUUCGCUCGAUGCAGACCUCGCAGCUAUUGCUGGCGUCCGCAUACAUCCGGCAUUCUUAAGGUCAAACACGCGGAAAGCAAUUGAAGCGGGAGAGCAGGCGCGCACGCUGGGUAAUUACGUCUCAAAUGACAAAAUGCGUCAAGUUGCGCAAGGAUGCGCGCAGGCUAGAGAUGACUUAUUCAUGCAAUUCGUGCAAGCAGAGGAAUGCAUGACGCGGCUAAUUGAGGGCGCCGACCAGAUCCGGACAACAUUGCAGACGAAUCACGUAUUGGAAAGGGCAGAAUCUAGCGAGCGGCGAGCUCGUGAUGCAUUUGAGAAAAUUAACGAUAUCGCAUCACGCAUCGACACUACCAACUCUGAUACAUUACUGCCCGAGCUAAAACAAGCCGACGUAUUGUUGCGGAAUGAAGUGGAGGGCAUCACGGACACUAAGAACCUCUCAACCGAGCUAUGCAUAGGCGCUCUUCGACGGAUAAGCGUACUCAACGCUGACCUCGUACAACUUCCAUCCCUCAUGACGAAGCUCCAAAACGACUUUCGUUCACUUAAAAGCUUCGCGCAUAUCCAGCGUCUACACAACAUGGUCUACGCAUACGGUGCAACGAUCAUAGAAGUUGUCCGAAGAAAAGAAUUCUCGCAGUUCUUUUAUCGACGUGCACAGACGAUUUUGGAGGUAAUGGCGAAAUUGACUGCUGCGGAACGACGACGGAGACAGGUUUAUAGUGCUGAGGUCCAACGGCAACUACCCUUUGAGACGCGUGGGUUGGAUGAUUCGGUCCCGAGUAUUGAUUUCUCGCCUUCCGGUGGAAAGGAUCUGGAUAGUGAACAAGGAUAUUCUCUUGAGCGCUCGGAUGUGGAUGCUUUUAUUCAAGUUAUCGACGACCUCCAACGGAACUUGCAAGCAGAUCCUCGGACUGCUACUCAUUCUCUACAAGAUACUCGUGCAGGACUCCUAAAGCUAAUCGAGCGGAUGGAUGGAAUAGAAGCAUCUUUUGAGAAGGUCGUUGAACGAUCACUACUUUCAUCUUCUCGGAUGUCUUUUUCUCGACGGAGAUUGACUGAUGCGGACGAAGCCGCUUUCCACGAGCUCUCAGAAAAAGUCGUCGUCCUCGAACGGGAGAAACGAGAACAAGACGACGCGUUCAACAAAGAGCGAGAGGAAUACCAAGCCGAGAUUGCACGAUUGAAAUCGGAACUCGAAAACUCUUCUGGUUCGGCGGACCAAGAGCGCGAACAAGCCGAGGCUCUUACUCGAGAGGUGCAUUCUCUCAGAACGCAAAACGAAUCCGAGACAGCUGCUCGCAGGAUCCUGGAGCAGCGACAUUCAGAACUACUUGCAAACGUGGAGGCGCUCCAAAAGGGUCAGGCCGAGGCACUUGCGGAAGCUACUAAUCGUACGCAGGAGGUUGAGACGCUAAAACUUGAAUUAUCACGCGUUCGGGACGAACAUGAUGAAGUCAAGAAGCUGGAGGCAACGCAUGCGAAGAGGAUAGAACAAUUACUCUCUGAUCAGGCGGAGACACUGCGAAGUCUCGCUGAUGCGCGGGGGCGUGGAGAGGACUUACGCGCACAGAUUGAGGCGGCACGGAGUGAAAAUGCAGCUGCAAAUCGCACACUACGGGAAGUCAGCGAGCAGAAGGAACGGUUACUCCGUGCGCAAGCACUUGAACAUGAUCGUAUCAUGCGGGAUCAUAUUGCAGAGGCUGAUGGGGAUCGUGCUGUUCUUGAGCAGCGAUUCUUCGAGGCUCGCGCACAACUCGAAGAACACGAACGUCAACUGAAGGAAGCUAGUACUGAGAUCGAACUCUUACACGUAGAUGCUGUCACAUGUCGAGAGGAGCUGCAGAGGACGGAACACGAACUACGGGAAGCACGACAUGUCGAGCGAGUCCUUAGGAAUGAUCUCUCUGAAGGGCGAGCGUCGCAGUCAGACUUUGAGCAGAAGAUAGCAGACCGUGACCGUCUUGUCGCCCAGAUACUUGAUGUAGCCAUUGCGUUCCGUGAUUGCCAUACGAAGGCUUUUGCUACCUUGCAACCUCUUUCUGUUCACCCCUCAACAGCAAUGCGAAACGGCGUGAACCCCUCUGAGUCAGUUGUCCUAUCACCGCCCCGAUUACCCACAUCUCCACUGCGCGAAGACGCCACACCAAUUGAUCCGACGGAUCCCGCUGCCGCGCUGGAGAUUCUCCGGUCUUAUGAUUUAGACUCAUUCUCGGAGACGGUUGCGAAAGUAGGGUCUGUUGUGCGCAAGUGGCAGAAACAAUGUAGGGAGUAUCGUGAGCGUGCCAAGGGAAAGAUCACUUUUCGGAACUUCGCGAAGGGUGACCUUGCGUUGUUCUUGCCUACGAGGAAUUCGGUGUCGAAGCCGUGGGCAGCGUUCAAUGUGUCCUUCCCACAUUAUUUCCUCAAUGCGACUGGGCGUCUUGCCGAACAGCUUAAAUCUCGGGAAUGGAUCGUGGCACGCAUUACAUCCAUCAACGAAAGAAUAGUUGAUGCAAGGGAUCCUACUAGCAAUCCGUAUGGAUUGGGAGACGGAAUCAAGUAUUACAUGCUCGAGGUCGAGGACUGGACUCGUCCUGGUGCCGAUUCCGCGAAACGUAGGAAAUCAUCCGCCAAGCAGACUCAAGAACAAUUGUCCAGCUCUCCACCUCUUGAACGACCCAUCAGUCCACCUUUGGAUGACAGUGCGCAGACUAGCUCAUCCGCGGCUGAACCUCUUGGUGCUACAAGGUCGCCAAACUCCCAUCUAUUUCCCGUCCGUAGCCGUUCGAAUUCGGCAUCGGCAGGACCUUCCUCGCUGUCGCGUCUCCUUGCGCAAGCAAACCCAACAGAAAAUGCGCUAGAAACUAUUCCUGGGACUCCACCUGUACAGUCACGAAGUAGAACACCAUCACCGUCGAAUCGCGUCACGGGUCCUCCUCCACCUUCUCCUACUCGCGUGGCAACUCUUGCUCACUCGCCUAGCGUUCCUUCUCCUUUACGUCCUGGCUCUCGUGCAAGUUCUACGUCGCGGGUAUCAUUUAGUGGAGGGAGAAUAGCACCUUUCCCUAAAGGUUCUGCCGUGGCAGGCUCGUCAUCGAAAGCAGCACCUACCACUGCACUGUCCUCCGAGCAUCCCGUCAACUCUCCGCCAACGCCGUCUACAUCGUCCGGGGCUAUGGCCGGGACUAGAUCUUCGGUGGAUGAAACUGGAAAACACGACCGUUACGCGAGCAGCCCUGUCGAUUCGUCGGCGCCAUCCCCGACGCAAUCAGUUUCGGAGGGCAUGUCGAAUGUACUCAUGAAUAGACGCCGUACGACUUCAGAGCACGUCCUUCCUACGACUUUAGUAAAGAUUAGUAAGAGAUCACCUACGAAUCUCAGUAAUGCUUCAAAGACGGGAAGCACGACUACAAGUACAACAGCGACGAGUGCUCUCGCAAGCCUGCUUCCGUUCAACAUGUCGAUGUCACUCGGACGAAGGAGGAAAGCCGCCGCUGAUUCGGACUCAGUUGGCCAGACUACUUCCGGACAAUCUGUGGUUAACGCGGGUUCAUCGAAUCCCGAUCCGAAUUCAGUCUCAACUCCAAGCUCUCCCGUCGAAACUGCGAACACGGGCGAAGCCGGCAUCGCCGAACACCCAACUCCUGCUUCGGAGCUAUUGAAGAAGUUCGAUACAUAAUCAGUAAUUCCUUCUCUUUACGCCGGUUCUAGUAUAAUAUAUGCCAUUUCGAUAUUGCACUCUCAUUCAUUUAGCUAUCACUAUUGUUCCAUGUUAA